AUGACUGUCCCACGACUUUGGGUGUCUAGAUGGCAUUGUCUUUGCCUCUUCCUGGCCUCCUGGCCCCUGGCACCGCAGGGCUCCUGGGGGUGCUAUUCCCGGAACCCCAAGGCAAGCACAGAAGAGCAGUCCAGCUCUACGUGCAGUGGGAAGAUGAGGUCACCACGCAGGGUACCCCACCGCACAGCUGAGCUGGCCCAAGCUGAGGAGCUGCUGGAGCAGCAGCAGGGGCUAUACCAGGCUCUGCAGGAAGGGCGGGCUGCCUGGGAGGCCCAGGACCUGGGGCUCAAGAUCCAGAAGCUGAAGGAGCAGAUGAGGAGACACCGAGAGAGCCCGGGAGGAGCCACUUAA